UUGUCGUGGUUAGAACAGCACGUGGUUGAAGCACGUGGGUUAAGAUGGCUGCAAUAACAAGAUCAAGCUUUAGUUCUUUAGGAGGCCUGUUUUGUAAACUAUCGUUGAGACAGUCGCUCAAGAAUACAAGAAUAGCAGUCUGUCAAUAUACUUCUGAUUCAAAAGAAACAGAAUCUUUGACAAAAGUCACAGAAGAAAAUGGAAUUCGAACUAUUUGUCUUAACAACCCCAAAAAGAGGAAUGCAUUAUCGUUGAAGAUGUUAGAAACACUGUGGCAAGAUUUAUCCAAAAAGAGUAAAGAUUUAAGAGUAAUCAUAUUAACAGCUAAUGGACCUGUAUUUUCGUCAGGUCAUGACCUAAAAGAACUGACAGCUAAAGAAGGCCGACAUUAUCAUGAGAAAGUCUUUGCUUCAUGUACUUAUGUGAUGUCAUUACUUCAGGAAAUGACUGUUCCUGUUAUUGCUGAAGUUUAUGGUUUAGCUACAGCUGCAGGUUGUCAGUUAGUAGCUAGUUGUGAUAUUGCAGUUGCUUCAGAUAAAGCUCAGUUUGCUACUCCUGGUGUGAAUGUUGGUUUAUUUUGUUCUACCCCAGGAGUAGCACUAGGCAGAUCUGUACCAAGGAAAAUCGCCAUGGAGAUGUUAUUUACGGGUAAACCUAUCUCAGCGCAAGAUGCUUUAUUACAUGGUUUAGUGAGUAAAGUUUUACCAGAAGAUCAAGUUCAUGAAGAGACAAUGAAGAUUGCCAAAAAGAUAUGUGAAACAAGUAAAAGUGUGGUGGCGCUUGGUAAAACAAGUUUUCAUGAACAGAUGAAACUUGAAAGACGAGAAGCCUACAGAUUAACAGAGGCUAUCAUGGCUAAUAACUUACAACUGAUAGAUGGUCAGGAAGGAAUACAAUCAUUUAUAGAAAAACGUACACCAACCUGGACUCAUACAAUGAAAACUAUACCAGCACCGCCGGUAUCAAAAAAAGAGGACUUAGAUGAUUAACAUAUGUGUGUAGAAAACUUGAUUGAUUAUAGUCCAAUCUGAUUAAAACACAGAUCCUAUUUCGUUUCGUUUUUUAUAGUUCAAAAUUUUGUUUUAUUUGUCUGUACUACACUAGGAUCUGGAAGAGUUGUUUAAUAACCUGCGUUCUGGAUGGCAUGAGGGAUUAGCCAAUGAAACCAUCUGUUACAGCAAGUUCUUCACAUGUGAUGCACGGAACUGUGGGUAAACCACUAGAAAUGUCAACACUGAUAGAUUAAUCCAUGUCUGAUGUCAUAGGGUCAAAGGCCGUUCAUACAAACUCUGACGCGACCUUUGAGUACAACUUGUCAGAUCUUCAUGUAGUGUAGGCCAUCGAAAGUAUAAAAAAAAACGAAACGAAAUAUUAGUUAUAGUGAGGGGUCUAAACUAAAGCCAGUUGUGUUGAUUAUGUGAACUCUAAUUAUUAUUAAACUCUAAAUUGAGCCAAUCUGUGUGAAUCGUGUGAACUCCAAUUACUAUGGUGCUAUAAUAAAGCCAAAACAAAUCAGUUAUUAGUUCUUUGUAGAUAUUAGCCACUUUAUAGGUCUUGUGAACCAUGAAGGGAUGGAUCCGGGAAUAUUUGCAGGAGGGGGUUUGCCAGGUUCCUGUUAAAGAAAUUUGACAGUUUACAAUGCAUGAUGCCAUCAUCGUCUUCAACUUUAAUAGUGGGAGGACUUGUAGAAAUCCCACGAGGUUUUCCCACGCACAUGUUAAACCACUAGACCACCCCCCAAAUUUAAAUAGGUUUGGCCUAAAUAGAGGCAAUUAUUGAAGAACAACAAGGUGUUUUGAACUCUUUUGAAACUUUUAAACCUGGCCAGCAGUCUGCACACUGAGAUGGGUGAUAGAUGAUUAGUCAGUGACUAUUGAAAUCAGUUAGUUACCAGAGCUUGUAUCUAAUGGUAACGGUUAUAAUUUUGCCAAUGCUGAGGUUCCAUAAUCUGAUAUAAUAUUGUGUUUAAAGAGAGGUUUCGGCAACGAGAUCUGUCUGUGAAAUUGUGUUACGAGACCGAGCUCUGUGAGACUGCCUCUUGAAUCUGUAGGUAAAUAUCAUAUAUUUGUAAAUUAUAAAACAAUAGUACGAGAAAAGGGGAGGGGGAAUGGCAACACUCCCUUAAAAGAGUAGCAGAGGCUGGACAGGACGGUAGAUCUGUGUAGCUGCUGGAUCAAAUAAUGAUCCUGGCAGAGACAGUAUACAUAAAUAUAGAAAUCCUAGUCUGUAGAGAAUAUUAAUUAGUGUAUGAAUAAUGGAAUGAUUUGUAAAUAAUGUAUAUUAAUAUAGAGUGUGUAUUAUAUAUAAAUAGUCAAUAUAAACUGUGAUCAAACCUUC